AUGAGCUUGACCGACAACCGCGACGCUCAGCAGCAUAUCAUGGACCCUGAGGAAGACGAAGAGCUUGAGCAGCUACGGCGGUAUGAAGAUUUCACGACUAUUGACUGGAUUCAAGACGCAAAGCGCGAGCGCGCGCAGAGACUACAGAGUGCACGGGAUGUGAACACACCGAGAAGGGGACCUAGAGGGGAAAUGACCAUCCCAUGGUUCUGGGCAAAAGUGAGGAAGGGGGCAGACGCAGUUUCCAGUUGGUUCGUGGUCAGUCUCGUCGGAGUGUGUAUAGGUCUCAACGCCGCCAUUAUAUCAAUAAUGAGCGAGUGGUUUUCCGAUCUGAAGAUGGGCUAUUGCUCGGAUGCGUGGUGGCUUAGCCAACAGUUCUGUUGUUGGGAAAUGGAAGGAGAAGAGGUUGAUGGUUGUGACCUUUGGCAUACCUGGAGCUCUAUAACGCUCAUUCGGUGGAUUGUAUUCGUAUUGUUUGCUACACUAUUCGCAUUCGUUGCUUCCCAUCUGGUCCGCUCACUUGCCAAAUAUGCCGCUGGCUCAGGCAUCUCAGAAAUCAAGUGCAUCCUGGCAGGAUUUGUUAUGCAAGGCUUCCUUGGAUCUGCUACAUUCUUUAUCAAGAGCAUAACACUACCCCUAGUCAUUGCCUCUGGCCUCUCGGUUGGAAAGGAAGGCCCAUCAGUACACGUCGCUUGCUGUAUUGGCUUCCUAGUGGCGGGAUUCUUCCGGAACUUCAAGCGCAGCGAAAGCAAAAUGCGGGAGGUCAUUACAGCGGCCAGUGCGGCCGGUGUCGCCGUCGCAUUUGGUUCACCAAUCGGCGGUGUUUUGUUCUCUAUUGAGGAAAUGAGCCACACAUUCAGUAUCAAAACCAUGUGGAGAAGCUUCUUCUGUGCACUAAUAGCUACAUUCACUCUAGCGGCCAUGAACCCCUUCAGGACUGGAAAGAUAGUCCUGUUCCAGGUCACCUAUGAUCGCGAUUGGCACUUCUUUGAGAUCAUCUUCUUCGUUAUCCUUGGGAUUUUUGGGGGCCUUUACGGCGCGUUCGUGGUCAAAUUUAACCUCCAAGUUGCUGCUUUCCGUAGAAAACACCUGGCCAACCACGGAGUCGCCGAAGCGGUCACACUUGCCACCAUAACCGCAAUGAUCGGCUACUUCAACCGUUUCCUCCGGCUUGACAUGACCUCGAGCAUGGCGAUAUUGUUCCGAGAGUGUGAAGGUGGAGGGAACGUGUUCAACCUCUGUCAAUCCGAAGCACAGUGGCGAAUUGCAAACUCGCUUCUUCUGGCCACCAUUAUCCGGAUAGGACUCGUGGUGAUAACCUAUGGGUGCAAGGUUCCUGCAGGUAUUUUUGUGCCGUCCAUGGCGAUCGGUGCCACCUUCGGCCGGAUGGUUGGAAUUAUGGUGAAAGCCAUGUACAACGCCUAUCCUACUUCGGGGAUCUUCAAAGUCUGCGACCCAGAUGUCCCUUGUAUAACACCCGGGACGUACGCGUUCCUUGGAGCUGCUGCUGCUUUGAGUGGAGUCAUGAGAAUAACCGUUACUGUCGUUGUUAUCAUGUUCGAACUCACUGGUGCUCUGACAUAUAUCCUGCCUACAAUGAUCGUCCUCCUCGUCACCAAAGCCGUCGGCGACUUUCUUGGUACCAACGGGAUUGCAGAUGAGAUGAUUCGGUUCAAUGGAUUCCCAUUCUUGGAGAAAGAAGAUCAUGCAUACAACGUAGCUGUUUCUUCAGUCAUGAAGAAGGAACUACAUACACUGACAGAGACGGGUCUGAGCGUGAAAGAUGUUGAAAACCUCCUUUCCAAUACUGAUGUCAAGGGCUUCCCUAUCGUAACAGCAGAUGGAGCAUUGACAUUGGCUGGAUAUAUUGAUAGAAGUGAACUGCGCUACGUGAUUGAACGUGCAAGGAAGACUAGAGGGCGUAUCACGAAUAUACCAUGCCUGUUUACUACCCAUUCAGAGUACGACGGUCUGGAGAUAGGCCGUCCUAAUUUCGAAGAGGAGGAACCCAACGAGCAAUACUUUGCGCCUACUACCGCCGGGGAGGUCCAGUUUGCUCCUUGGGUCAAUAAGACCCCGAUGACAGUAUCGCCUGACCUCCCUUUGGAGACUGUGAUGCAAAUAUUCAAGCGCAUGGGUCCGCGGGUUAUACUUGUGGAGGAUAAGGGGAUGCUUUGCGGGCUGGUCACCGUGAAAGACGUUCUCCGUUACAUUGCCACAGAAAAGCCUGGCCAUCGUCCAUCAUGGGACGAACGUGGUGGGCUAGACGGACUGCUAGAGGAGCUGUGGAAUUGGGGUAGUGAUUUAAGAGAUCAAAUGCUCAAGUGGGGCUGGAGAAUCAUCCGGCGGAGAUGACAUUACUCUGCGGGUGCAUGUGUAUGUCCAUCCUAAUUAUA